UACAAAGAAACAUAAGACCCAUAUUUCUCUCCACAAGAAGAUGAUUGCUCUCAAAACCAUAUUUCUUCCUUCUUUCUAUCUUUCUACCAACACCUCCACUUUUACUACUCUGCACCACCCUCACAGCACAACAAGAAGAAGUUCUGUGUUUCUGUGUCUCUGCAGCACCACCAACAACUCCAAUGAUGAAUCUGAUAGUAAUUCAAAGCCUGAAGGUGAUGUUCAAAGCCAAGAGUUAUUGGCUCAAAUUGCAAUGAUUCAGACACAAAAAGUUCGUCUUUCGGAUUUUUUGGAUGAGAGAUCUGAAUAUUUGACACAGUUUGGUGAAGAAGCUAAGGCUGAGAUUGAUAAGAUUGGUGAAGAUGCUCUUCAAGGAUUGGAUGAAGCUAGUGAUAGAGUAUGUAUGCACUUUUCACUUUUUACUUUUCAAUUUUUUUGUUAGUGUUAACAUAUAGUUAGUAUCGUGUCUGAUAUCCGUAUCUAAAACUUAAUAAGAUAUUUGUGUUAGUAUCGUGUGCAACAUCUAUAUUAGUGUCAACAUGUCUGUGUUAGGAUCAUGUCUCAUAUUCAUGUCAGUGUAUUUUAUAGUUAACUUAAUAAUAUAUUUGUGUUACUAUCAUGUUUGAUGUCGGACAUCUGAACCAGUGUCAACAUAUUUGUGUUACUAUCAUGUUUGAUGUCUUCAUUGAAAUUCGAAACGAAAUCUAAUCUCGGACGGUGUCAAGGACAAUCUAGGUAUAGAGA